UAUAAAAACAAUAUUUUUGAACAUUAUUAUUAUUUUUUUUUAAAUAAUUAUCGCGAGUGUGCAAAGGCUGAUAUUUUAUUAUUAUUUAUUCUUCUCGGUCUGUACAGAAGUGAUUAAAUGUAGCUUAAAAUUAAAAAUUAACCAUCUUAAAGGGCAGUUCAAAAAACUUCACCUCGAUCCUUUUAUUUUUUUUAACCUCCAAAACAAGCAUUUAAUAAAUUGAAAACAUUUUCUGCUCAUCUGCUAGCGGAUCAGCGGAUGCUUCAUUGAAUGUAAAAAAAAUGAUGAGUAAAAAACGACAAAGUGGGCGUGUUCGGCUGGUCGGUCAGCUGCACAGAACAGAGGUCAGCUGACUCGCGAUUGCAAGAAGGGCGCGUUAAAUGUUGUGUGCAGAAUUAAGGCUCAAAGUGGGUGUUUUGGGGGGUUCUAUUGAGCAUUCAAGUGCCGCACACGAUAGAUAAUGAUGAAGUUCAAGCACUGGCGUGGAUCAGGAAAGGCACUCAAAAGACUUUGAUCAUUGUUUCAUUUCGGCCAUCGGGUACCUUAAAUUGUAGCGCCUGAAAAAAUUGAUCUUGAGCAGUCGAAGGCAUGCCUGGUCUGGUGUUUUUGAGGCGUCGAUGGAACGUCGGCAGCGAUGACUUUGUCCUGCCCGGCAUAUUCCUCUUUCUGCUGCACACCGUGUGGGCCGUAUUGGUGGUGCUGGUGUUGUCAAGCGAGUCGUUGUGGCGCGCCGAGGAUUGCGUCGUCCUGCUCAGGGUGCACCAGGGCGUCUUCCUGGGCAUGCUGGGCGUCGCGAUGGCCCUCGAACUCGGCAUCGCCCUUGUGGCCGCGAGGGGCACCAUUUUGGACACGCGGCCCAGAGAAAAAAUCCACCUUCUGCUCUAUGCAAGACUAGUUUUGUUUAUUUUGGAGCUGAUUUGGCUGGUCCUCGGCGUGGUGUGGCUGGUGCAAUUCUACGCAGACUGUCCCGUCGACUCAAACAGGGUGCUUGUUUUAGGAUUGAUUGUUGGCAACGGCUGUGUUCUGACCAGUUUGUUGAUCACGAUUUUGAUUUCUUAUGACGCCACCGGCCGCUCAUGGGUCGAAUUGAAGAAAAACCAAAUAAGUGCCGAAUCGAGAUCAGGCAGUGUCAGGCAUCACAGCGGAGUUUUGCGCGCCUACCAAGAUACUUGGGAAAAAAGGUGUCGCCUCCUGUUUUGCAGCGUCAGCCCCUCGGACAGCACCGCUAAUUGCUUUCCGGACCUUGCCGAGCUGCUGACCGAUUUCUUCUGCGAUCUGGACGUGGUGCCGAGCGACGUGGUCGCCGGUUUGAUUCUCCUGCGCAAAAUGCAAAAGUCGCAAAGACAAAGAGAUUCUCAGGAAGUAGGCAACGAGACGCCAAAGCUGGUGGCCUUGGACGAGCCAGAGGAAUCGGCCCAGUUCAGGUCGGUCGUCCACUUCAUGAAAUUCGCGCUCGGCGCCUAUGGAUGGCCCAUGUACGUUAUCACGCACUCCGCCUGUGACACUUGCAGGUUGUGCAGCAAACUCAGAUGCUCUUGUUGCCGGCGCGUUCCUCCUUCUACUUCUUCAGCGGUGUUGGAGGACACGUCGUGCUUGGAGUGCAACGUGGCUGCCCUGAGGGCGCAGGUGGAGGUUGGCCAGGUGGAGGUGGUUUUUGCCACAUACCACGUCGGCAUCGGCCAGACGGCGUUCUUCGUCGCCCUCGACUUUGAUCGGCGCGCGGUGGUGCUCAGCAUCAGGGGCACCCUGUCCAUGGCCGACGUCCUGACCGACCUGAACGCCGACGCCGCCCCACUUCCCCUCCACCCGCCCCGAGACGACUGGCUUGCCCACAAGGGUAUGGUGCAAGCCGCCGUGUACGUCAGGGACAAGAUCAAGGAGGAAGGUAUUCUGGCGCGCGCCUUCGACCCCUCCAAGGGCACCGACGGAUUUGACCUGGUCGUCGUGGGUCACUCGUUGGGCGCUGGCACGGCCGCUCUUGUCGCCAUCCUGCUCAGGGAGGAGUACCCUGACCUCAGGUGCUACGCCUACUCCCCUCCUGGAGGCCUCCUCAGCUUGACUGCGGCGCAGUAUUCAAAGGAGUUCACAAUUUCCGUGGUGGUCGGAAAGGACCUGGUGCCGCGCAUCGGUCUGCGCCAAAUGGAAUCUCUCAGGGCUGAUCUCAUCAAAGCAAUCAAAUUCAGCUCCGAUCCAAAGUGGAGGACGUUGACUGGGGGGAUGGCAUUUUGCUGCGCACCCCGGCCGCAAGAAGAUGAAGAAGCCAGCUUGGAUCCAGAGGCUGUCAUUAUGAGUGAAACGGCCCACCCGACGGACAGCUCGAUAGUACUCACCCUCCACCAACCCCUUUACCUCCCAGGGAAAAUCAUCCACGUCGUAAGAAAGCAGCAAAAUGAGGAGGGACAAAUCAAAAAGAAGUCGCCAAAAUAUGAAGCCUUUUGGACGGAAAACACCGACUUCCAACGAGUUUUGAUCUCGCCGGUUAUGUUUAAAGACCACUUGGCAGACACGGUGUUGGAAGCGCUUGAAAAGGUUGCGUCAGACUUCUUGAGCAGCAAACCUUGCGAAUCUACAUCAGAUUUGUGCACUUUGGCUGCUACCAAUUAAAACUCUGCUCUAAAACUACCUCUCUGCCCAGGAUGGUAGCAGCCAAAGAGGCGACCUCGUUGAAGGCCAACUCCAUGUCGGUGGGCAGACAGAAGCGGGAGCAAACGGCCAUGCGCAGGAAAUAAGUGUCCUUGAUCUUGGAGGGCACCAUGUGGAUCUUGCCGUUGGCGUUCACCUUCUUCAGCAGCAGUUCGUUGCUCUCGUUGCUCCCCUGAUGAUGUUGUUUUUUUUUUAAAUUUAUGUUAAUAUUAUUUUUAAAUCCAUACCUUGAGUCUGAAGCAGACGAGGCCCAUGGAGGCCGGGCAGAGGAGUUCAAAGCGCGGGUCCUGCUUGACGAGGCCCUCGAACUGCUUGGCCAGGGCCACCUGCUUGCGGAUGUGCGCCUGCAGACCCUUGACGCCGUAGAUGCGCAUGACGAACCACAACUUGAGCGAGCGGAACCUCCUGCCCAGCGGGAUUUGCCAGUGCUGCACAAAUUUGGCAUUUCUUUUUAGCUUUCUUUUAAAGGGUUUUAAUUAUUAUAUUGAUGAUGUGGUGUGAAUCGCACACUUUUGGAAAGGAUAAGUUCUAAGCUUUCAGAAUAUGCCUAGAACAUUAUAGGUCAUCGAUCAAAUUAUUGAGAAAAUCAGCUUUGAAAUUGGCUUUUUCUGACUGAGAUUAAAUUCAAAUAAUAGGGAUAAAUCACUUGAUUUUGUAUGUAGUCGAUUUUAAAAUUAGAUUCUUUUGAAAAGAUCAGGUCACAAGAAAUUGAACGGUGACCAUAAGAUCAAAGGUCACCAAGAGAUUGAUUGAGAAAACAGCAAUUAAAGGAAUCAGACGAUCUGAUUGGUUCGAAAGGUUCCCUCACCACCACAUUGAUCCAUAUUCAAAUUUACUUAAAAACAUAAAGUGUGACACAUCAUUAGAAAGGUCAGGUCUUGGGAAUCGAGUGGUGACCACAAGGUCAAGGCCACCUCGGUGUAUUUUUAAAUAAAUAGACAAUUCAAUUAAAUUUAAAAUCUUGUCUGAAUUAGGAAAAGUUUUUGGAAAAAUUUUUAAUUUGAUAAAAAAAAAUACUGACCCUGUAGUCAGGGGCGGCGCCCUGCUGCUCGUGCUUGAGGUAGAGGGGGUCGACGUUGAAGGCGUUGACCACGUAGUUGGGGUCCUUGAGCCACAUGGCCGAGCAGUCAAAGUUGACCAGCAUCCACUUGUGCGGGUUGAAGUUGAACGAGUCGGCCUUUUCGAUGCCGCGCAUCAGCGGCCGGAACUCGGGGCAGAUGAACGCUGAGCCCGCGUACGCCGCGUCCACGUGCAGCCACAAAUCCUCCUCCACGCACACCGUCCCGAUCUCGUCCAGGUCGUCAAACGCGCAGCAAUUCGUCGUGCCUAGAGUUGCCACGGC